ACAGAAACAGGAAGGUGUCAAUGUGUGUGUGUGAGUGUGUAUGUGUGAGUGACGGCAGCCAAGAGAGAGAGACGCAGAGACUUUUCUCAGCAGCUCAUGUCCUCUGAAAGUGUAUCAGUUUUGUUGCCUGUAGAUGUAGAUGCCACAGAGUCUGUGUGAGAGUAUGUGUGAGAGAGAGAGAGGGUGCGUGUGUGUGUGUGACAUGCCCGAAGAGGAUUAUUAGCAACAUAAAUAUCGACAUGGAUUUCCAACAUCGUGCAGCUCUGGAUAUCUCCACCAGGAACCCUCAGGAUGACUUCGAGAUCCUGCUGAGACUUGGAGGAGGAACCUACGGAGAAGUUUAUAAGGCACGUAAUAAGCAGAAUGGAGAGUUGGCGGCCAUCAAAGUCAUCAAGAUGGAACCAGAGGAUGACUUUUCUAUCAUCCAGCAGGAAAUCAUCAUAGUGAAGAGCUGCAAACAUCCCAACAUAGUGGCCUAUUAUGGCAGCUACAUACGAGCCAAUAAACUGUGGAUCUGUAUGGAGUUCUGUGGAGGAGGCUCUCUGCAGGAUGUCUACCACGUGACUGGUCCUCUGACUGAGCCACAGAUCGCCUACAUCUGCAGGGAGAUGCUGCAGGGAUUGGACUACCUGCAUGCACAGAAGAAAAUCCACAGAGACAUUAAGGGUGCCAACAUCCUCCUCAAUGAUCAGGGUGAGGUCAAACUAGCUGACUUUGGGAUCUCGGCUCAGAUCACUGCCACUCUGGCCCGGAGGAUGUCCUUCAUUGGGACGCCAUAUUGGAUGGCGCCAGAGGUGGCAGCAGUGGAAAUUAAAGGUGGCUACAAUGAACUAUGUGACAUCUGGUCCGUGGGCAUCACAGCCAUAGAGCUGGCAGAGCUGCAGCCACCACUGUUUGAUGUCCACCCACUGAGAGUCCUGUUUCUCAUGUCCAAGAGCGGCUACCAGCCUCCUAAACUGAAGGACAAGUCCAAAUGGUCCUCCAUGUUUUAUAACUUUGUAAAGGCCAUGUUGGUGAGGAACCCGAAGAAGAGACCCAGUGCCUCCAAGAUGCUCUCACACAUGUUUUUGACCCAGCAGUGUCUGAACCAGGAGCUGAUCCUGGACCUUCUGGAGAAGUUGCGACACCCUGAGAAACUGAAGACCUGCAUGGUGACGGAAGACGACGAGAUGGAGGUGGCAGUGCCUGGAUCAUUAAAGAGGAUUCAGUCUAUCAACAAACACAACCGGGCAGAGAGGACAAACUCUGACAUAAGCUUGGAACAGAUUUACACUCGGAGGCCUGUGAAGAAAGAAUCACCAAACACAACAUUAAUACCUUCAGUGGGAUCAACCGGCAGCAGCAAGAGUCCAGUGAGAGAUCAGGACACAGACUCAGACGAUGACUAUGAUGACGUGGAUAUCCCUACGAUGACGGCCACCCAUCUCAUAAUGCCACCAGAUGAUACUCCGCCUCCACUUCCUCCGAAGCCCAAAGCUCGGACCAGCUCAGAGGAAAGCAUGACAGGAGAAGACGACCGGGCAAGGAAACCCUCCUCUCUGUACGCCCCCUCCCCUCUCAUCAGGACCUCCAGUGGGACCCAGGUCCGACCUGCGCUCCAACCACGAACUUCACGACACUCAGACCCUACAUCCUUCCCUGUCCAGCGGAUUGACAACCAGGCAGACCUCCUUCCUCCUGAGCUCCCCCCUAAAGGCAUACGCAGACGGCAACCACCAUCAAAGGACCCAGCUGAGUGUGUCAGCCCCGUCAUGAAGAAACCUCCCGUCUACUUUAAAAAGAUCUUCCACGGCUGCCCUCUUAAACUAAACUGCUCCACAACGUGGGAGAACCCAGCCACCAAAGGUUGUAUCAUCCAGAGAAUAAAGCACACAGUAAAUUCUCUGCUCUCUCUCAUGCUAUCAGAUUUCUGUUUUAUCUGUCUGACCAGCCUGUGUUUCCUCUCUCUCUCUUCCUCAGACACACAUCUGAUCCUGGGGGCAGAGGAAGGGAUCUACACCCUGAACCUGAGCAGCUCAGAGGCCACCAUGGAGCUGUUGUAUCCAGGGAAGUGUACCUGGGUCUACACCAUCAGUAACGUCCUCAUGUCUGUUUCAGGUAAAUCAUCGCAGCUUCACUCUCAUUCACUCAAGGAGUUGUACGAACAGGCUCGAAAAGACCAGAGGAUGGUUUCCUUGCCGACGCACAGACUGCUACCAAGGAAAUGUGCAGUGACGAGUAAAAUACCUGAUACCAAAGGCUGCAAGACCUGCGCAGUUGCAGGUAGCAUGCAACGAGGCUGUGUGUUCCUGUGCUGUGGUCUGGAGUCCAGCGUUGUGCUGCUGCAGUGGUACGAGCCCAUGCACAAGUUCAUGCUCAUUAAGCAUUUUGACUUCCCCCUGCCCAACCCUCUGCGGGUGUUUGAGAUGGUGUCCGUGCCCCAGCAGGAGUACCCGCUGGUGUGUAUUGGUGUCUCUCGCGGGUCCAGUCCCAACCUGCCCGUCAAUGUAGAAUACAUCAACCUCAACUCCAACACAUCCUGGUUCACCAACACUGGCCUGGAGAGACCUUGUCCAGAUGUAGUUCAAGUAAACCAGCUGGACAGCAGUUCACUGCUCGUCCUCCUAGAAAAGUCGGUACAUAUAGUCGGUCUGGAGGGGGAGUUGAAGAGCAGCAGGUCUAUGACCCAUGAGACCACCUUCUCUCAUGAUGUUGAGUCUAUAGUGUAUUUUGAGGAAACGCUGCUGGCAGUGUGGCGUCACGGCUGGCAGAGGAGAGGACAAGGUUUUUCUGAGGUGCUGGAAGAAACCACCGACCACAGAAAGAUCUACCGGCUGGUGCAGUCAGACAGGAUGGUGGUCUUGGAGACGCGUCAGACAGACGACCAGUCGGGGCUGUCCAACCUGUACGUCCUGGAAAUUGCUGAGAGCUACGUCAUGCUGCCCUGACUCUCCUGUCUCCUGGCACAGGGCAUGACGGGAAAGUCACACUUGUGUUUGAAGAACUUUAAUCAUUAACCCUGACAGGCAUGGAUGCCACAGUAUUUUAUUUUCUAAUGGGAGGAGAGGAGAUAUAUGAGAAGGAGAGGAUUAUUGUGUUGUAGCCUCCAAUCUGGGGGAGUCUGCUCUUAUUUAUGCUGAGAUCCAGAAUCCAAAAUCCAGACAUCUGAGAAAACCCGAAGCGAACAGUGAAGGAAGGCCCUCCUCUAACACUAAAGAGGAGUAUCUCAGUCGAUCACAGCAGCAGCAGCUGCCUGCAGAGACUUAAACAUUUGGCUUCCAGAAGAUGCCACAUACAUAAACAUAAAGGACUGGAUGGACUCAUGCUGUGUAGUUUGUAUGUUGGUGUUCAAGAUACACACUUCCUGCUGCCGUUACACUGUAAUAAAGAUAAUUAACACAAGAUGAGGUGAACUGUACUGAUCUUGUAGUGGAAACAGUUAAAGUAGUAUUUCACUGACUGAAAGAUGGUCUUUUCAUAAAACUGUGCUGUGUGUGCAGGAGAGAUAAACACUUCUGAAAUAGCUGUUACAUACAUGACCAGAGAAAACAGAGGAAAGGGGCUGAGGCAUUUGCUUUUACUCAAGAUGUAGAAACCCUACAACACAAAGAAUGCACUGGACCUAUAAAUACUCUAGCUGGUGGGUGAUGUAAUGCAAGCUUGGCCAUUUGUCCACAGGAAACAAUAUGAUGGGCGUCUGGUAAUAAAUGAUCUCCUAUUACAAUUAACCAGUAAACUAAAGUAUGGUUCUGAAAACACUUCAGGCACACAGCAACAGAAUCUUGGUUUAUAUUUGAUCAACACAGCUUAGUUUUACCAUUUCAUCUAAGCACCCAGAAACAGCACUUGGCUUUGAAGCCAAAUCUACAUAGUGGCCAAAAGUUGAUUUCCAACUUCCAUGUGCGUUAUGUGAUGCCACUGGUCGAGAAUGACUUUUUCCUGUAGACUUACAAGUCAGCUUACAACAGCCUCCUGUGUUGAGUCAAAACAUCAAAAUUCACCGCGCCACCAAUGGCAGCGCUGUCAGUGGAAACUUCACAAACAUCACAAUAAAGCAUCAUCAAGGUCUAAAGGCUUUUCAAAACAAAUUUGAGGUUGAUCAGGUCAACCUGGGAAGAAAGGUACAUCACACUAUAAAACAUGUCACAUGUUCCUGUUGCCAGUAGGGGGCACUAUAUCUAUACUUCAAAAAUGGCAUGUGAUUGUCUUCAGGCCGGCACAAACUAUUUCCUGUACUGUGGCAAAACAUGGCAAUUCGCCGCCUCACCUCAGCCAUAACAUUCAACAAAAACUCAAAAGCUUCACAAUGUAGCAUCACUGAGGUCUUUUGGCUGCACUGGCCAAAUUUGAAGUUGAUGCGCCAAAUCACUAUGAAAAAUUUGUACAGCACCUGGAAAUGGUUAAAAAAAAAGCCCUAAAGGAAAUGUUGAUUCAAAAUGGCUGACUUCCUGUUGGGUUCAGGGUAUGACUCCAAGAGAUUUCUUUUGAAUCUUGAUAUGUUACAUGUGCCUCCUAAUUUUCGUACCUCAAGGAGAAAUGUACCGCAGGGACUGCUUCACUAAAGUUUUCUAGGGACUCUAUCAUGAUAUUUUUUCACAUCCGAGCAUGAAACCAAUAAAAUAUCAAAUUUUCACUAGUUCUGGUGCAUGUGCAAAGUCUCAUGAGUUUUCGAGCACCUUUAGUCCCUAAAAAUAUGAUUGUUUUUGUGAAAUAGUAAUAAAUGAAGCAAUUUCUACAGGGUCCUUGCACUGGUCAGUGCUCGGGCUCUAAUAAUUCAGACACCAAGUGUAUUAUUUAGCUCUGAAAUAGUUUUGGCCCCAAACGAAGAAGAAUGAAAUAAUUCAAACAUCCACUGUGUCCAUGUCCUCACAGUAUUUCAUAAUCAAAGAAUACUGUGUGAACUUGGAUUUUUGAAUUUGUUUUCCACUAAAGAAACGCGUCAGCAAUCCUUAUUGAACCACAACAGUGCAACUGGUCUCUAAAUACUUGUGUACUUUCAGUCCAAAGUUGGUGACAUUCUGAUCUUAACUUCCAGAUUUACAUUAAUAUGGUGGACACUGUCUCUAAAUUUUCACUUUUUUCUGCUUGAGGGAUCCAAACAUUGACCAAAUAA